AUGUACUAUGCCAUUUUGAAGGCACGGAAGUUGAAGGAAAAGCCGAAUGAGACUGGGUUCGCAUCUCCUCAUAUCAAUCAUUUAGGCGUCUUGAUAUCGAUAUGGGAGGACGUAGAUGCGAUCAGCCGCUGGAGAAACCAAGCGACGCACUUGCGCAUCCAGCAGAAAGCAAAUCAGGACGUCUACGAUGACUACCGCGUCCGUGUCGGCCCCGAAUUGGACAACGCUACAUCUAGGGAGACAUCCUUAGAUGACACAUCGCCUGUUGUCCUUCUAUACUACCGCGAAAGCCUCGAGACGACCCCAAAGGAUGAUACAACCUCAUUGCUUGAGUCGACUGUUGCAAAUGGAAUACAGUCCCACCUUCUAAGCUCUUCAGUCUACCUUGGUCCACGAACUCUCUGGAUCUCAUCAUGGCAGUCAGAGAAGGUGGCAAGGCAGUUUACAUCUUUACUAUCCCGAAUUCAAAACGACGACUUGAAGAUCGUUCGGACACAAAGAGAUUAUACAAAGUCAAGAAGGAAUGAUACACCAAGUGAAAAGGCUGGGUCGCUUUGA